GCAGCCUCCGGCCAAUCGGCGACGGAGGGGGCGUGGCCGUCGUUUUCCAGAGGGUUCCUGACCGGGAAGGAGGCCGGAGCGCGGAAGGGCUCGGGGGCGUCUUCUGAGCGCAGGCCCAGGCUGUGCCCAGGAACCUGGGGCUUGCGUGAUCUUGCCGGCUUGAAGCGCUGGGAUUCCCGCGCCCAGACGUUGCCCUCCGACAGGCCCCUCCAGAGGAGGAGCGAUGGUGAGAGAAACCGGGUACUAUGACUUGCUGGGAGUCAAGCCGUGCGCCACCGUCGACGAGAUCAAGCGGGCCUAUCGGCGGCUGGCCCUGAGGUACCACCCGGACAAGAACCCCAGCGAGGGGGAGCGGUUUAAACAGAUCUCACAGGCCUACGAAGUGUUAUCCGACCCCCUCAAGAGGUCCCUGUAUGACCGGGGCGGGGAGCGGGCCAUGAAGGAAGGGGGCCUGGGGGACAGAGGAGGCUUUGGACACCCCAUGGACAUCUUCGACCUGUUCUUCGGAGGAGGGGUCCACCACCACGGGCCCCGGGUAGACAGGAGAGGAAAGACAGCCGUCCACCAGCUGCCCGUGACCCUGGAGGACCUCUACAACGGGGCCACUCGGAAACUGUCCAUCCAGAAGAACGUCAUCUGCCAGAGCUGUGCGGGCCGCGGGACCCGAGAAGGCGUGGACACGCGCUGCCCUAAGUGCCACGGCUCCGGGGUGGAGGUGAUGGUCAACCAGCUGGGCCCCAACAUCGUGCACCACAUCCAGACCAUGUGCUCCCAGUGCCACGGCCACGGGGAGUGGGUGCGGCCACUGGACCGGUGCCUGGCCUGCAACGGCCGGAAGUUCGUCCGAGAGAAGAAGGUCCUCACCGUCCAGCUCGACAGAGGUAUGGCCGACCGACAGAAGAUCACCUUCCACCAGGAGGGGGACCAGGUGCCCGGCUUUGAGCCCGGCGACAUUGUGAUCAUCCUGAACCAGAAGCCGCACCCGGUCUUCCAGCGCCAGGGCAAUGACCUGGUGGUCAGGCAAGAGGUGCCUCUGGUGGACGCCCUGUGUGGCUGCAAGCAGGCCAUCCACACCCUGGACAACCGCCGGCUGCUGCUGUGCUCCCAGCCAGGGAGCAUCAUCAAGCCCGGAGACGUGAAGUGUGUCCCCCACGAAGGAAUGCCCGUCUACCGCAACCCCACCCAGAAGGGGAAGCUGAUCAUCCACUUCCAGGUGAAGUUUCCGGAGCCCGGCUGGCUCCCGGCCCACCAGCUCCGUCAGUUCCAGUCCUUCUUCCCCCACUGCGAAGAGGCCAUGGCCACGGAAGACGAUGCGGAGGAGGUGGAACUGAGGGACUUCUUCUCUCCCCAGCCAGACCUGGGCGGGGGCAGGCGGUUCCCUGGGGGGGGACCCUGCCACCGAGAGGAUUUUGAGGACCCCCUCCGGCACAACGUCCAGUGUCACACCUCCUAGCCCCCCCCCAGAGGCCUUCCUUCCGGGGAUUGGGGUGGGCCUGGGGGAGAAGUUAGAAAGAACCGCAGCGUGUGUGUGUGUGGGGGCUUCUCUGCGUCCCACCCCCCCAAUUGGGUGGGAUGAGCCUGGAUCCCUUGGCAUCAGGGCUGGUGGGGUUGGGGGUGCUCUGGGAACCUCCCCGACGCAAAGGGGCCGCGGGUGGGAGUCUCUGAGGCCCGGCCCCUUGUUCGGCCCCCUCCUCUGCCCCAAAGGGCCUGGCCAUCCCCAGGAUGGCUUCUGGGGGCCUGGAUAUUCCAGCGGUGGCCACCUGCCUUGUGGAGGGGGGGGGUUUCCAAAGGGCCAAAGCCCAAGUGGGAGGGAGGUGGAGGUAGGGGGGUGGAGACAGGCUGUGGAGUGGGGGAAGCCUUGGCAGGCCUUUCGACCCCUGCCUGCCAGACUGUCCCGGCCUCCUCGGGCCCCAAAGCGAUGACCUUUGGGGCAGGAAAAGGCUGACUCUCCUCCUAGUCGCACGCACGCACACACGCACUCUGCAGGGGCUCCUCUGCGGGCCUCCUUUCACGCGGCCAUCCCUCACCCUCCGUCCCUUCUCUGCCAGGUGAAAGGGCAGCUGUAGAGAUCCUGUAUUCACCUGGAUUAUGAUAGAAAGGCGGCCGGGGGGGGGCAGGUUGCAGCUCCCACAUCCCCCCCCACACAGACAAACCCAGCAACUGCCCUCUGCAGUUUCGACAGGCAAGCUGCCCGUGAUGUGCCCCUGACUCAUUCCUUUCCCCCCCCCCCCCACAAACC